UUAGCAGUGAGCAAAGAUUAAGCAAAUUAAUGGUGAAGCCUCUGCUCAAAAUAACUCCACCGACCAACUGCGCUUCACCAACCAGCACGCAAGAGCAGUUUAACACCUUCCAGCUCAAUAUGGGAAACUUGGCUACAUUUACAGUGAGAUUAUGAAUGACGCUUCAGGAUUGCAGAAGGCUGCACUACGGAAACAGUCCCCUGGCAAUAGCCACACAUUGCUACCUUCACGGCAGCCAUACAUGAGCAAACCUUUUGCAUCAAGGCAUGUGUGCUUCUAUAAAAGUGGGGAUGCCCAAUUUAGUGGUUUGCCAGUGGUCAUCAAUAACCGCACUUUCAAAACCUUUGAGGCGCUGUUAGACAGCCUGUCCAAGCGAGUUCCACUGCCAUUUGGAGUCCGCACUAUUACGACACCACGAGGCCAUACAGCAGUCCGUGCUCUUGAUCAACUUUACGACGGUCAUUCAUAUAUCUGCUCAGACAAACGCACCGUCAAGCCCAUCGACUUGGAGCAAGCACGACGCAAACCGCCACCAUGGUACCAUGCCAGGCCUGUCAGCAGCAGGCACCCAAGAGAAAGGAAAAGUCCUCUCCCACGCAAUUCAAGGCGGAACGAGCAUGCUGCUCUGCUGCACACCCCAAAGCGGCUGGUGGUUUUCCGCAAUGGAGAUCCAGAAGUCAAGCAUACACUUCUGCUUCAGAAGAGGACCACACACUCUUUUGAGGCACUGCUUGAUCACAUCUCUGAGGUCAUGUGCUUCCCUGUGCGCAGGUUGCACACACCAGAUGGAAGGAGGGUGGAUGGACUACCAGCUCUGAUCUUAUGUUCUGGUGUCUUGGUAGCUGCUGGUCGUGAGCCUUUCAGAAAAGGAAAUUAUGAUGUUCAAAAGCCCUUUGCUCCAACCUGGUUGCCAGCAAAAAGUGUAGGAAGACUGCAUCCUGCCACCAGAAAAAAGAAAUCUAUGACGAGCAGCACCAAAUCUCGUCCUUUCUCACCAUCUUCAGAGCAUUACAUUGUAAAUCAGUUACACAACAGUUUUGCAGAAAGUGUUUCUGUGGAAAUGGAGACUGGUCAUCAACUUGAAUCUGUUGCAGAGACAGAUACAGUCACCUGCAUGGAUGGUGACACUAAUGAAUACGUCUGCAUGCCCAAAGAUGACGACAUUGAGAAAUCUUUUCGGGUCAAUCAAGACGGCAGCAUGACUGUAGAGAUGAAGGUGCGCUUGACUAUUAAAGAGGAGGAAACGGUUCAUUGGACGACAACACUCAGUCGGCAAAGUGUUGCAAGUCAAAUGAAUUCUGGCUUGGAGUCACAUUCUGAUCUAGGUGCAGCUUUAGCUGACAACAUGGCCCGAGAUAUUGGCUUUGAUGCGUCAGCAAUCCAAAGAUGUCUUGAAGAAUAUAACAAUCUCUCAACUAAUGAAGACCUGUAUGAAGAGAUAAUGGACGGUACAGCAAAAGAAAGCAUCAGAAUAAAAGGGCCCCUGCAGCCAGUUCCAGAACAAAAACAAAUAUUUAUUGAAACUGAGAGCCAAGAUACUAUACCAAGAUUAAACAUCUCAAGGGAAGAGGCAAGUAGUGAGCAGGAGCACUGCCUGGUUAGUACUCCUGGUAAGUGCGAUAAACACCCAGUACCUAAGCCACGUAGCGCUGGCAUCUCACAAAUGCAGACAAGUAUGUAUAAAUCCGCAGAAGUUCUGCAACUACAGGACAGUGGACAGGAGACAGUGCUUCAAAUCUAUGAGCAGCAGACUUGCCAGAAGAGUUUUCUUGCCAAUACAGAAUGCUAUGCUCAGGGGAAACAUACAAGUGAUACUGUAUUUUCUGCAUCCCCUGAUACACGUCCCUCUUCAAGCAAAGAGUCUGAGCCCAGACCUGCCACUGUUAAUGGUUCUCUCCAAAGACAAGAAAAUGUCUUCCCCUCAUGGAAGAUCCAGACAUCCUGUGAAAGAAAUUACCCUCCAGAGAUCAUAAAUAAAAAGUCAAAAAUGCAUAUGGCUCUAAAUGAAUAUUCUAAAAAGUCAGCUCCUCUGAAUGCAGAUUCUAACAAGAAAAGAAAGAAAGUAAGGGUUAUUGUAAAAAAGAGUCAUGUUUUUCACAUUAUGACUCGUGAAAAUAGGAGAAAAAAUAGCAAAAUUGACAUUCUGAAAGAGAUCAAAAAAAUAAGAGCUGCUAUCUUUAGCCAAGCUGGUGUUAUGAGAGGUAUGACUGAACAGUACAGAACCAGAUCUGUCAAGAAAUUAUUAAAAGAUAAAAGAACCGAUCUACCCAAGACUUUUAUGAUGCAAAUAGAAAGUCCAAAUAAAUUAUCUGUGAAAGACUGUACCAAUGACGAGCAUCCUACCAAUGCCGACAAAUACCCUGGGAAACAAGGAGAAAAUUUUAGCUCACAGAAUACACAUUUACUCAAUGUAUCAACCAGUAAAUGUACUCUUACCCGGCAAACAUCAGUGCAAGAAGAACAUGAGACACAGGAGCAAAACACACAAGCGCUUAAAGAAAGCACCUCCAUUCCUUCACUUCAUUACCCUUCCUCAGUAUUAAAUGAAUAUGUAGAACUCUGGCUACAGAAGAGUGAAACAGACACACCUCCUGACCAGGAACAGGUGCCACCAUCUAAGCCUUCAGUGGAGUUAGUGAUAACUUCUGAGACUCCAGUUGCAAAAGUGGCAUCAAAAAAGAAUUUAACACCUCCGAUUCGACUAGAUAGUACUGCUAGAAAUAUGGCAAAGUUGUCAGUGAAAGAGCCAUUCAACUCUUCCCCAAAAAGAACAAGAAUGCCAAGAGGUUCUGCCCAAGAGAGCUCAUCCCUACCCCAAAUUAACACAGCGAAAGGAGAAAUGAAGUCUGAAAGUAACACUUCAGUGAACACGUCUUUACCAGUGACACCCUCUCUGAUAAAUAAUCACUGCCAGAGAAUGUCUUUGGAAGAUAAUUCAUCACCAAAUGGAGAUCCAUUUUGCAAAACUAUUGGCCACUGUAUGUCACAAGAAAAUACGCAAUUGACUAGUUAUGCUGCUUUAGAUAACAAUUUAUCCAUAUGUGAAAAAUUAUCUUCAAAACAAGAAAUAAUCCAACUUCACCAAUAUGUGAAAAAACAUGAAAACUCAGAUGAGACUUUGAGUGACAAAUGGAAAUGUGCAAACAACUAUGUGAAGCCAACAUCUCUUACUAGAGAGCGUUCUUCAGAAAAGACUCUAUCCACCCAAGCCUCCAUAGAACAAAUACCCAAAAACAACACUUUGUCCAAGGCAUCUCUGUUCAGCAAUCAGGUUGUAGAGAAAACAGGCCUUUCUCAGAAUGGAGCAUUUUACAAAAAGCCAAAAACUGGACCGUUAGGAAAUGUCAAGGGAUCUAAAUCUAUGAUUGCACAAGGAUUGGUAGGCUCAUGUCAAAAUGAUAAGCAUACAUCUUUAGGUCCACUAAAGAAAGAAAUGGCAGUCUUUCCAGCAGAAAAAUCAUACACAGUCAAAAUGGCAGUCAGGCCUGAUAUGAGGCAUGUGCUGGAUGAGCUCUGCUGUUCAAUUAAUUCGCUCCGUGAAGCAGCACAGCACAAGCGGUCCUGUUUGGAGAAAUCCAAUAGCCUGCCAGACUUUUCCUCGCACUUGGCAUCUACUUUUGGUUCCUCAUCACGAGUGCUCCUAGCAUUCCUUUCAGUCAUGACUUUGAGGGAUGGUCUGGCGAACGCACUCCGCCAAGCCGAGAACAGUCUGAGUUGCUCAGAGGCUUUGCUCAUGCUUCAGUCUCUUAAGGAGAUGGCAGCUAUUGAGGAUGCAGAGCAGCUGAGAGCCGACUUAAAUGCUCUGCAGAAAUCAGCAUCUGAUCAGCUGCUGCAAAGCUGGAAAGGUUUUCAACAACUGACCAACAUGUGCAUGAGUUCUGGUCUCACACCAGAGUGCACUCAAGGUGGGUCUUACAGUGCGUCAAGCUCUGAGGAAGAAACAAUUCAAGGUCUCAUGGAAGAACUAGGUGUUCCAGACAGAGUUCGAGAAGAGUUGGCUGCUCUCCACACCCAAGGAAAAGAGGGAGUCAGAAGUAACCAGGGUGAGAGAUCAGAAGAGCUGUCUGAGUCACUCCAAGAGAAAAAGGUAACUAGAUAUACAGAAUCAGGCUUAAACAAAGAAAAAGAAACAGUCAGGUUUCCUGACUCUGUGCUUGAAGAUAUAAGAUCAUAUGUUAAAUUUGUCGUUGAAAAAGCAGUUUAUGCACAUAUCAAUUCAGAGGUCUGUAGGGCACAUUCAUUGCUUGGCACUGAAAAAGAAAUCAGAGUAGUAACUUGUGAACAGGACAGAAAUUCUUGUCCCACAGAGAGAAUACAACAGGCUGACGCCAUACAAGAUUCUAACAUCUGUGAAAACAUCUUGGAAGAAAAGCAACAAAGAAUUGAGGAGAACGAUAUUAGACAUAAAGAGAAACAGGAAGCAUAUUCAAAACAGGAAAUAAAUAUGAAAGAGAUCAAACACAGGGUAGUGUGUGAACAGAGUGGAAUGACACAAGGAACAAUUAUAUCUAAGGAUGACAGUGUAGAGGAAGAUUACAUUAUGGAGACUGAUCCUAAAUAUUCUCAUAAAGAAAUGAAGGAAGUGAAAGACCUAAGAGACGCAAGUGAAAUAGAUUAUGGUAGAAUUACUGAAGUGUACCCCAAAUUAUCAGAGCCAAGGAAAAAUAAAGAAAGCCUGACUACCUCUGAAGAGGAGAAAUCCAGCAUAGAAGAAGAUAGCUGUGACGAAGAACAUAUGAACUUUUCUGAAGAUCAGGUCAGUGAUAAAGAAGAAAAUCUUCAAGUAAAUUCAGAAAUAGAGCCCCAAGCAAAAUGGCAAAGUGAAGAUUUGUUGAAUCAAGCACACACACAGUUACACAGUAAAACAGAGAGUGCGAAGAACACUGGGCAACCUGAAACACAAACUACUUUGAUUGCUGUUUGUCUGGAUCAUGAGACAGGACAUCAACCCGAGGAGAUUUUUUCUGAGGAGCAGCAGGUGGUUGUGGAGGUACCAGAAUGCUACACAGAUCAAAAGGAAUAUAGUCCCAAAGAAGCUGUAGUAUGUGAGAGAAAGAUAGUACAUGCUAAAAAGAAAAAUAGUUCAGUAGCAAAACUCAUCAGUAACCUGGAAACAUGUAGACAAAGGCCUAGCAGUAAACCUGAGAAGCCAGAGCAGAGACUUGUGGGUCACACUGAAGUACCAGACCCAGAUAACUUAAAUAAUGUUUCUUUAACUGGUAAACUCAUAGAAACAAACUCAGAAGCCAACUCAUCUUCAUUAGCAUUUAGCUACGAUUCCCGAAGCAGCUCUGUGGCACAAGAAUCAGAAAGAAGCGUUCAGGCUAACAGAGUGAAGUUUAUCAGGGAUAUGUUUCUUGCUAAGAGUCAAACUAGAACCCAGAAUGGGCAGAGCCAACUACAUAGUCCAAAUUCUGAUCUAUCUGAUUCCCAGCCAGAAUCUACAGACAGUGGGGGAAACUGGUCACAAGAGGCAUCCAGUGGAGAAGAUGAUGCAAGCCGCUUGGCUAUUGCCAAGGGUUUUGUCAGGAGAACCAUUGAGAGGCUCUAUGGCAGAAGUAAUUCGAACAGUGUAAGUGCAGAUAAUAUGAAAUCCCCAUCUCCCUUGAAGGACAAGCAAAGAGAAGGUCCGGGAAGAACCAAUGUAUCUAGUCUGGCCUCUUACCAUGAAGCUCGCACUCGAGUAAUGACUGACUUAUCAUACUUUAGUGCCACAAAUGCAUCUGAUAUCUUCAGUGUGUCAACUGAUUGCACCAAACUGAAUGAACAGGCACAAUCUGGAGACACUAAUUCUCUUGACAAAGGACACUGGUUACUUGCAGAAAACCAAAUUUGUGAAUGCUCUCCAGAACUCAAGAAAGGUCACAGAAUUGGGAACAACAAAACCAUAUCUGUUGAUCCUGAGCAACCUUCUAGGCAGGAAGAUUCUCUUCAUGGGACUCAGCAUUCCACUAAGCUUGAGAAAUCAGGAUUUACUUACUUCAACCUUCCAAAUGCAAGUGACGCUGAGCUGGAGCCAGAGGAAAAAAGGGAAGUGAAAGUGGCCCCUGCAAAACAGGCACAUAAAACCAUGACUGAGAGAAACAGCUUUCUACCUGCCUUCAGCCCACCAGUCUUAAAGAAAGCAGAUAAUAAGGUGCACCCACUGACAGAAGCUACAACCCCUGCUGUGGUUACUCAGCCAGUCAAAGCACAGAAUGCACAAACAGGAGUCAUAAAACAAUCUGCAGAACCUGAUGCCCUUGAGAUGCUGUUUGUAUUUUGUGGACAACACUGCCCCAUACUGUAAACUACGUAUUUAGCAAUUGCUAGUAGUGGUAAUACAUGAAUAUAUACCAGACUCAUGAUGACCUAAGCUGCCUUGUUAGCAUAAUGGCUUUUGAAAGGCAACAGUUUCUUGAGGUGCUGAAAAUGAUCAUGUGCGCCACCUUGAUUUAUGAAGCACAUCUGUUGGUUACUGAUUAGCACUUAAGGUGACAGAACAUGAAUAAUUUAGUGCCUGAUCUCUCAUCAUAACGCUGAACUGUCAAUUGUUCAGUGCUUGUGUUCAUACCUUUUUUAAUGAAAAAAGGAAUUGUAAUUAAUUCCAUACAUGGAAAAAAUGGAUGUUUUAUAUGCCUCCCUCAUAGAAAAUUUGCCCAGUGACUUGUCAUUAAUGCUAAAGAGAUGCAUAUUUGUUUACAUCUUGACUGCCUUGCCUCUGUUUGAAGCAGGGUAAAGAAAAGCUCCUUUGGUGAGUUGAAUGCCAUCCUGUGCAUUAUGGCAAUCUCAUUUUGACCAAAUACUUUAGUGUCACAGACAAUUAGCUCUAGCUCCCGAAAUGAGACCCAGAUGUGGGUAAUAAAAAGCAAUAACUGAUAAUUAUACAGACCAGUCGGGAGCAUACUGUAUUAAGGCACAUAAUUUGAAAUGGGCUUAAUAUUUAUUUAAUUCCUUUGUACAUAUUCAGUGUAUAUACCACAAUUACUAGACACUGUCUGAAGCUAAUGUGUUUUCGAAAUACUGUAUUUUUCUAAUAAAUAAAUUCUAUAUGUGCAUAUACACUGUGAGACAUCCUGCAGUAUAAUACUUACUGCACAGUAAGUUGGAAAAAACACCAAAACAGUUCUUCCAUUCCAAGUUCUAAUUCAACGUUGCAAGGUCAAUGGCAGCUGGGUAUUUUUGUGUGUUUAAAUAUGUUUAAGUAAAGGCUCAAUGUCCUAGAUAUGUGUACCACUAGAUGUCAGCAAAAAACUUCUCAUUGCGUCUAAAGCAGGAACGUCCAAUCUUAUCCACAAAAGGUCGGUGUGGGUGCAGGUUUCAUUCCAAACGAGUAGAAGCCACAACUGAGUCUACUGAAAGCCAAGAUCAGUUGAUUAAACAGGUGGAAUCAGGUGUAGCUUCUGCUUGAUUGGAAUGAAAACCUGCACCACACAUCAGAUCUUUGUUGCAUGCUUAGUUUUUAAAGAAUGCACCUUGUAGUAAUAGUUAAGCUCUAUGUUUGUCCAUGUCAUCUGUACUUUGUUUUUGUUCUGUGCAGCACCUCUGGUCCAGGAGGAACGUUGUUUCACUUCACUGUGUACUGCAUAAGCUAUAUAUGGUUGAAGUGACAAUAAAGCUUCUUUGACUUUGACUUUGAUUUUGAGAUAAGAUUGGACACCUCUGGUCCAAAGAAUAAUACACUGACAGAUAGCAUAUUUUGCUAAGUUUGUGUUUAAGUAAAUAAACUCCAUUUAGGCUCCAUGGCAUCUGUUGCCAUAGGCUCUUCGAAUCAUUCCUUCAUUUCUUUCAAAAUA